AACCAUUGGCCCACUUCAAGCAUAUAAAGGCAGCGCAGGCCGUCGUCGUGACCGCAGUCUAGAAACAUCUUUAAAAAGCCACGGUAAUUCUCAAGCCUUUGAACCCCGAAAGCUCAAAACCAGACACUUGCUCAAACCCAAAGAAACUCCCUUUAUUUCGAUAUCGAUUUCUGAUCCUAUUCAUAACAUGUCAGUUACUUUGCAUACAAAUCUUGGUGACAUUAAGUGCGAGAUCUUCUGCGACGAGGUCGCUAAAACGGCAGAGAACUUCUUGGCACUCUGUGCUAGUGGUUAUUAUGAUGGGACUAUAUUUCACAGGAAUAUUAAAGGGUUUAUGAUUCAAGGUGGAGACCCGACCGGAACAGGCAAAGGGGGAACUAGCAUAUGGGGCAAGAAGUUCAAUGACGAGAUCAGAGAAUCCCUCAAGCAUAAUGCGAGGGGUAUAUUGGCAAUGGCUAAUAGUGGUCCUAAUACUAAUGGGAGCCAAUUCUUCAUAACUUAUGCAAAGCAGCCACAUUUGAAUGGAUUAUACACUGUGUUUGGCAAAGUGAUCCAUGGUUUUGAAGUCCUGGAUCUCAUGGAAAAGACUCAAACAGGAGCAGGCGAUCGACCUCUUGCAGAGAUAAGGCUCAAUCGUGUGACGAUACAUGCUAAUCCACUCGCCGGCUAGUCUUACCUAAGCAACUGUGUUUAACUUGCAGUCUAGUGAAGUUCCAGUGUGUCAAGACAAUGGAAAAUUUUAGGAUUCAACUCCUGAGUUGCUGACAUUCUAAGGGUUGAAGACUAUAAACUACUAACAAGUAAAACUUUUGAGAUAAAGAGAGAAAUGGUUUGUAAUUGGUACUCUCAGUCCAGGUCAGUAAUUAAGAUAUUCAGCAUUAUGUAAUUUAAUUUUGUUAUAUAAUUGAAUAAUUUCUUUAUUGGGA